GCCCAGACAGGUUCACGUGUUUCCCACGGACCAAUCAGCCUGGCCGCUGUCGUGUUUAUGCUGGUCUUUUCUCGGCUGUGGAGAGGAGGAGGAGGACGAACGAACUGGCUGCGAUGUUUUCAAAAGGCGGCGAUGAACGUCACUCUGCCGUAGGCUACGGUUAACGUCCGAGCUUUUUCCCCCCCUUUUUGGAAGCGGGGACGGGUGGGUGGUGGGGGGGGGGGGACGAACGAAUAACGGUUUCACGUCGAGCCACCCACGGAUGAGUCGACGGCGACCAACAUAAACGGUGCAUGAUGAACCCGCUGUGCCGGAGCUGUCGCAGCUAGUCGAAUGCCAUACCAUGGCCAAACCUGGGAGCGACAGAGAUGGCGCCGUGGUGGAAAAGCAAGCAGGAAAGAAGUGCAAAGACAAGUUGUCCCCCUUUACCAAAACACCCAAGUUGGACCGGAGCGAGUUGCUGGGAAAGGAAGGGAAAGUCAAAUCUUCCAUGAAGCGCAAGCUCUCCUUCACGAACAGUCCACCCAGGACAACAACGGAGGAGCGAGACUCAGACACCGAUGAGUCAGACCCAGGCCAGUCCACUGAGACCUGGGGGGAGAGAUUAGCGGCCCCCUGCCGGACAUACGCAGAUAAGGAUGGACCGGAUAAGAAGAAGGUGAAAAAGGAGUCUGGGGGAAAGAAGUCACAAGCCCCCAACCUUUUGUUUGGCUACCCGCUGUCUGAGCGCAAGCAGAUGGCUCUGCUCAUGCAAAUGACAGCAAACAGUCCAGAUUCCACACCCAGCCACCCCUCGCAGACCACGCCGGUGCCCAAGAAAGUCCCCAGCAGCGCCUCGUCACGACAGAAGGACAAGGUCAACAAGCGGAACGAGCGCGGAGAGACCCCCCUGCACAUGGCCGCCAUCCGGGGCGACGCCAAGCAAGUCAAGGAGCUCAUCAGCUUGGGAGCCGACGUCAAUGUCAAGGACUUCGCAGGUUGGACCCCGCUACAUGAAGCUUGUAACCUGGGCUACUACGAUGUGGCUAAGGUGUUAAUAGCAGCCGGCGCUGAGGUGAACACGCAGGGUCUGGAUGACGACACGCCUCUUCAUGACGCAUCCAGCAGCGGCCAUAAAGACAUUGUGAAGCUGCUGCUACGCCACGGUGGUGACGCCUUCCAGGCCAACAAACGUGGAGAGCGGCCGGUUGAUGUGGCCGACUCAGAGGAACUGGAGCAGCUGUUGAAAGGAGAGACGGCGCUCUCGGACCAAGCUGACAGCUCCUCAGACUCAGAGGACCCACCUUCUGUCAACCCAUCCAGCAUGGACGACAACAUGGACGACUCAGACGCAGAGAAGGACUCUGACGUGAAAGCUAAGUCGUCAUCUUGUGUGCCGGACCUAGACGAGUACGAGUUCAAGGACGAGGAAGAGGAGGAGGACCUCAGUAAAGCGCUCAAUGAGCGACACAUCCUGCGGCGGGAAUUGCGGCAGAGGGACAAGGAGGACAAAGAGCGCAACAAUGUAGCUGGGAAGCAGAGUGCCAAGGGCAACACCCCCUCCAAGUCCAAGAAGCCGAAGAUCCCACGCGUACACUGCAAUUCGGACACGUCCAGCGACGAGUUUGAGAGCCUCCCUGACAAGAGGAGCUCGCCCACCUGCUCCCAGAGAUCGGAGGGCGUCAUGACCAAAAAGGACAGCAGUGAGCAGAAAGACAAGGGCAAAGUCAAGAAGAAGAACAAGAGCCAGAAUAAAAAUAAGGAAAACCAAGAGGAUGGGAAGGAGAACAGCAAGACGCUGGUCCUCCAGCUGGCCACCGUGUCGGAGAGCAUGGACAAAGGCCGUGAGGAGGACUCUUUUAAGAUGUCCUUCAGCCCCAAAGAUGACUCAUCCGUGCACCUCUUCCACUUGUCGACCAUCAAGUCUCCCAAGCUCAUCCACGGCCUGGCCGACAAGCACACACUGCUUAAGCAGGAGAACAGCUCAUGUCCCACCGACACCAUCAAGUAUAACCACUACUCAGAUGCUGACUACUCCACGGAAGGCUCGAGCACCAAGGCCCACAAGCACAAGGAGAAGAGCAAGCACCACCAGAAAGAUGGCGAGCGCGACGACAGCCACUCCAGCCCCUGGAGGGAUACCACCGGCCCAGACAGUACCGAGAGCGCAGUGCGUAAAACGGACCUGGAUGUCAAAGCAGCAAAGAAGCACAAACUCAAACACAAGGAGAAAGACAAACAUAGGAGAGAGUAUGAGGCGGAGCGCAGCCGUCACAGGCAGAAGGAUGCCAGGAGAGAGGGCCACAGGAAUCUAGAAUUUGACAGAGAGUUCUGGAAGGAGAACUUCUUUAAAAGCGACGAGAUGGAUGACACGCUACUCGUGAAACGUGAAGCGGAGGAGCACAGGACAUCUGACUGCUCCCCUUUCAAGGAGGAGAAGAACACCAAGGAGAAACAUUCCAGUGGCAAGGAGAAGCGGCUGAGGGAAGAGCGUGACAAGGACAAGGCGGUGAAAAAAGAGCGCAGGGAGGAGAGGCCGAAAGAGCGCGACGACAGAGGCGACUGUGGCGGCCGGAUUCCAGAUGCUGAGCCGCCGCAGAGCAACAGUGUGCAAGAGGAGACUGAUGAGAAGCCCAUAACCCUCACUGCUGAUCAGGAACAUCUGGAGCCCAUACGUGAGAAAACAGACAAGCGGCUCCCAGGAAAAGAGAAGGAACCGGAAAAACUGGAGAGAAGGCAUCCGGACAAAGAAAAAAAGAUCAGGUCGGAGCACACAGACAGAGCAGAAUCACAGAAUCAGUUGGAGCGCUGGAAGGAAAAAGAGCGCUCCGGAGCAACAUCCUGCCACUCGCCAGGUGAUAAAAACUACAAGGAGAGUGACAAACUCAAGUCUUUAUCUGCUGCAAAGAAACACGAAGACAGCAGGAAGAAUCGUGACAAACUUGACAAACGCUCCGAUAGAGAUUACAGUGUCACGGAUCACAAAGAAAGGGAUCGCGUUAGCUCCGAUAAGAAAAUGAAGCCUUUGGAGAAAACCUCAGAUCACGGCAAAUCUGACCGCUCCAAGGAGAAGGACUGUGACAGGAAAAGAAAAGAGAAGGUAAAAGACGGAACCUUUUCCUCGAGUUCAAAUCUAAAAGUACUUCUGGAAGAAAAGAAGGCUUAUCUCUCUGAGGGUGGAAAGUCCUUGUUCACGAAAUCCAAGGAGGAGGCUGUGAGGACACCAGAGAAGGAUCGGGAACGGAGGGAGCGGGACAGAGAUCCGGACAGGCACAGGGACCGACACAAGGACCGCUCCCUGCAGGCCAAAAUUGGCAAAGUCAAGCCGAGCGAGACCGACACUGAAAAGCCCAAGCAAAAAAACCCCACUCCCGGAGCGCGAGACGCCAGGCCUAAAGAGAAGCGCUUGGUGAACGACGACCUGAUGCAGACCAGCUUUGAGCGCAUGCUCAGCCUGAAGGAUCAAGAGAUAGAGCAGUGGCACCGGAAGCACCUGGAGAAGAUCAAGCAGAAGGAGCGUGAGAGGCUCAAACAGAGACCUCUGGCGGACCAUGGAAAAUCCAGGCCAAAAGACAAGACUAAGACAGACGCCUGCUUCACCAAAGAGCUAACGCGGUCCAAAAGCUCUGAAUCUUCCGACACCCACGGUCGAGAGAAACCCCUGAAGGACACCUCCAGCCUCAGGACCGUGUCCCUGGACGGAAAGACCUUGCCUUCCAUCGGCACCAAGGUUAUGUCGGCAGUUGAGAACUGCUUAAGCAGAUCCCCGCGGCCCGAGGGUGAGCACUGUGGUCUCAUGUCCAGGUCCAUGUCCCUGGUCUCUGUCGCCAGCUCCGAGGACUCCUGCCAGGCUGCAAUGUUGACCCCCAAACACGUGGAGUACGACUCUGACAUGAACCCGGAGGCAGCUGACAUGCAGCCUACAUUCUUGCAGUCUUCCCUCGUCAUCCAGGCCACCAGAUUGCCAUCUGUUUUGGAUAAGGAUUGCGGCGUUCUUCCGAAUGUGCAGCGCCCGACAUUUCCCGGCAGACACGAAUCUGCAUACCUCAGAGCCAUCCUGGACGAGGAUGCCAACACGUCCACUGAAACCAGGGUGGCUGACAGUCCGAAGACGCCCCACAUAGAGGGUCCACAAACGCGAGAGACGUCAACAGAAAAAGACGAAGUGGACGUCGGUCCACAAUGUUCAAAUUCUGAGUCUGUCAUAGAGUGUGAUGAUACUGCUGGCAGCUCCUCGCCAAACAGAGAGCCUCCAAAUCUCACUCUCUGUGGUAGUCCUGCAAUCAAACCCCCUGAUGCCAUUGUCAUGAGGGAUAUCCCCUGUCUGGAAAGUCCAACUUCACAACCAGACGCUAUUAACAGGGACUCUGACCCACCGUCAGCAUCUCUGUCUACAGAACCACCAGAGUUCACGAACCCUGAAAGCCUCCAGCCUGGGGAGCCUGUGCCUGCGAGCAUUCAGCCGGUGGACUCUUCUUCAUCAGCCCAGCUUUGGGACCGGAAGGAAAAACCAGUGACCGCAGAUGGUGCAGAACACCAAAGUGUGGAAAAUGUCCCAGAGAGCCUCAAGAUGGAGGCGACAGAAAGUCCAGUACCCUCCACCAGCACGACUGAAUCCCUACCAAGCACAGAGUCCAGAUAUCCUCGAGAGAAUUUGGAUCUAAGACCUCCUGAUGUAGUCAUCUGUGACGCUCCUAUGGAGCCGUCUGAAGACAGGUCAAGCCUUGCCAAGGACCAUGAGAUAUGCAACAUCCCGCAGAACCCUGACAAUCCUCAGAAUUCUUCACUUGAAGAAGAGCUGACUGCAGAGUUUUCCUCGGAGUCCCACUCGGAGUCCAUGGACGUGGACCCCACAGACAGGAAACCAGAGUCCUCUGCUGAAGAGUCGAGUCUGGCUGCCAUGCAGCCAACAGGCCACAGCGACCUGAGCAGCAGCAGCUGUAGCAGCAGUAGCAGCAGCAGCGGCAGCAGCAGUAGCAACACCUCGGGAAACUCAUCCCCCCAGUCCGGAGAACCGGAAUCUGACUGCUCUGUUGCCAAACUCAAGCUCCGCUCCUCAGACGAGGACCUACAUGUGCCGCAUCCACGUAAAAGGAAGAUGCUCAAGCCACCCUCCUUCCAUGUUGGUCCAGUCCCGCAGCAGGACCAGGAACGGGAGAGUGGCGAGCCUGUCCAGCAGCAGUCGCUUGCCGCUAUCGUGGCGUCAGUCAAGCUGGAGGAGAUCGAACCCUAUCAGACGGAGCGCGCCAACCCGUACUACGAGUUCCUGCACAUCCGGAGGAAGAUCGAGGAAAAGCGCAAGGUGCUGUGCAGUGUGGCGCCACAGCCGCCACAGUACUACGACGAGUACGUCACCUUCAACGGCUCCUACCUCCUAGACGGCAAUCCGCUCAGCAAGUUGUGUAUUCCCACGAUAACUCCGCCACCCUCGCUACCCGAGCAGCUGAAGGAGAUGUUCAAACAGCAGGAGGUGGUCCGCAUGAAACUGCGUCUGCAGCACAGCAUCGAGAGGGAGAAGCUAAUCGUGUCCAACGAGCAGGAAGUCCUGCGCGUGCACUACCGCGCAGCAAGGACACUGGCCAAUCAGACGCUGCCGUUCAGCGCCUGCACCGUGCUGCUGGAUGCCGAAGUCUACAACAUGCCCCAAGACGUUCAGAGCGACGAUGGCAAAACAUCGGUGAGGGACCGAUUCAACGCUAGGCAGUUCAUGUCCUGGCUACAAGACGUCGACGACAAGUUUGACAAGCUCAAGACGUGCCUGCUGAUGCGUCAGCAACACGAGGCGGCAGCGCUGAAUGCCGUGCAGCGCCUGGAGUGGCAACUCAAGCUCCAAGAGCUGGACCCGGCCACCUACAAGUCCACCAGCAUCUUCGAGAUCCCUGAGUUCUACAUCCCGCUGGUGGAGGUCAACGACGACUUCGACCUCACGCCCAUAUGAGGGAAGCCGACGACACACCAUUCUCGCGGCCGGCUCUAUGUGACGACGGCGACCAAAAAUGCAAAGCACUUAAAGGGGCGGUGCGCUCAACCAGCGCAGUGGGGAUCACUUACGACCGCCAGCAAGAUGCCGGUCCAGGAGAACAAGGGGUCGGCCAGCGCAGGAUACCGGGGCGCCAAACAGGACGCCGAACCCUUCGCCGUCACCAUCAUGACGCGUUAAGCAGGGUCACUUACACACACGCAUGCACACACACACAAAAAUCACAGUUGAGUGUGUAUACCUUUGUGUACAGAUUGUGCUCUUAAUUUUUUAACUUAUUUUAUACAUACAAAAUCUUGUGCAUUUGUACAUAGCAAGAAAAUUUGUAAUUAUGGUUUUAAAAGCGCUGUACAAAAACCAACCAACAAAAAAAAGUACAAGAUACUUUGAUUGUAAAAGUCUCCCGUUUUAAUGGACCAAAGUGUUUGUUUUCGGUGUGUUUUCCUCUUUUUUUGUGAUGUCCGCGUGUGGUUUUUCUUUUUUGUUUGUGUUUUUCCCGCUGUCACAAUUUAAUGCUGUGCAUGCCUUUUUUCAACCUCACCAAAUGUUUUUUUUUUUUUUUUUUUUUUUUCCCCCACCUGUACUCGCCUCCUCCUCCUGUGUGAGUGUGUGGGUGCAUGUCCGUCCCGCGUGUGCUUUCGAGUCUUUGGAGGAGAGCGAUGGAGUAAAAAAAGAGAAAAAAAAAAGCAAACGACAGUUUCAACGCAAGAUCA